AUGGAGACAACCGUUGACCUUUCUUCUGGCGUCACAAAUGAGUUAAAGAACCUGAUAGACGUCAAGUCUACAGACAAAUCACCGAUGGAACAGCUGAUACAGGAGAAGAAUGAAAAAGAACGUCUGAAAUCUCGGGUGAUAAGUGAAACGAGAGACAUGCUGGCACUGUUGGAUACUGCAGCAGACAAACUGUUGGAAGAGGCACCACCGGAAGGAAAUAUGACGCACAUCCGGUCUGACGGUGUGCUCACGGCCGUGAAGAAGAGUAUCCCAGAUGUCGGUACCGUUCCUAUCAGUCAGGAUGUCGGCUCCAUCGUGUUCACGAAGGAGGACAAUCUUCCGGAGGAUUCCACAUUGAAGGUUGUUGCAUUUGUCGAGGAUCCAUUUGUUUGGAAUAUAGAGAAGACUGAGGUGACCUCAUCAGUUGUCAUGGUAAAAAUCACCAAACAGAGUAAUCAAUUUGAUGCAUCGAACCUACAGCCUAACAUCACCGUCUUCGUCAAACACAGAGUCCAGUUUGGCACCACAAGUGACACAGAAGAACAGUAUCAUGACACCCUGCCGACAUCAUACAGGCAGAACCUUGAUGAUGCAGGUAGAUCCUUCCCUCUGACCAAGGUUCCCAGUCGUGACACCAACAUGAAGUAUCACGCCAUGUACAUUGCCGAUGGAGGCCAGGUGCCCAUGCUCAGAUUCUCAGUCGAUGACGUCGACACCGAGCUACAGGUGUACUUCCGGUUUCACGACUUCCCAACUGAAGAAGAAUACGACUACACGACGACCGUCAAACCUCCCGAAGUCACUGACUAUGACGGUUUCGACAUGCCUUUUGGUCUUGUUUACUCCAAUUUCAGUACAUCACUUAUUCCGGAGAUCAGCAUGGAGCACGGAUGGCUCAUGGUUGGAGUGAAGAGAAAAGGCGGACACCUACCCCAUGGUGGUGUGAGGCGACUGCUGACGUCAACGGACACACAAACCCCUCCCUCCGCAGCUCGUGACGUCAUCCCUGCAGGAUUCACACUGCAGACUGCUGCAGUCUCCUGUCUGAUGCGGGAAAACGAGAACCAGACGUGGGACAACCGCCGCUGCCAGGUUGGGAUUGAUACGAACGAGGAGACCACUCGGUGUACAUGUGACAUGACACCAAGUAGCGAUGGGAAAAGCUCCAGGGUGAUUAUGGCAGCGUCUUUUCUGGCACUUCCUAAUUUCGUGGAAUUCGACAAGUUUGGCAGCAACACAGACAAGUUGUCCACAAAUUCGACCGUAUUUGGCAUUAUCAUAGCACUGUGGAUGGUAUUUUUGAUGUCCCAACUAUUGAUAUUGCAGUCAAACAUCAGGAGCCACAUCGCUCUCAGCACCGCAGUGGGAAACAGCGUUGCUGUUGGACAAGCAGCAAAGCUCGCCAAAGCACACCUCAGCAUGGCGAUUGUUCCCAAAGUCUCUACAAUCCCAUCAGAUGUUCCCGGUGCGGACUACGUCUACGUCGUGUCUGUCCGUACGGGAACCCAGUCUGAUGCCGGCACGGCGUCUGUGGUCGGGCUGAUGAUCACAGGGUCAGAGGGCAGGACAGCCAUGGUCACUCUCAACCCUGCAGGCUUGAUCCUAGCCAGAGGAGGUGACACGUACCACAUCAUGACGACACCGGCCUCCAUCGGCAAGCUCCAGUCUGUACAGGUCUGGCACGACAGCUCCGGGAAGGGCGACAUGGAGUCACUCUUCAUAGACAACGUCAAGGUCUGGGACCUACAGACAUCACAAGGGAUGUCUGAGUACACCCUACCGACGUUUUCGUACCUUCUGUACGACGACCAUCUGCUGCUGUCAGCCGUGUGUAACUCCGGUGUGAGACACUUCAGCCGGGCGCAGCGCCUGGUUUGCUGCCUGGCACAGACCACCCUGUGGAUGGUGGGCAGCGCCAUGUGGUACGGGGUCAAACUGGGUGCACAAGAUGUUACGAUGUUCGACGCUGGAGUCAUCACUCUCCGUCUAUCGGAACUGAUUGGUACUGCAGCAACAUCCUUCACGGUGUUCCUGCCAGUUUACGUCAUCCUCGUGCCGAUGUUUCGCAAGCAGCCUGCGUUGGAGGAUCAGAUUCCCUCAGGAGUGAUGAAAAUGCCAACAUCUCAAACGACCCGCCGGUUUCCGUACAAGACGGUGGCGUGGAUCCUCGCCAUCCUGGCAUCUGUCUGCAGCAGCUUCUUCGUCAUCGUGUACAGUCUGCAGUUUGGAGCUGGGAGAAGCCAGGCAUGGCUCAAGGACUUCGUCCUGACAUUCUUGUUCUCCACAUUUUUGCUGGAGCCUGUUCAGAUUUUUCUGACUGCUUACAUAAAGACAGUCGUCAUCGGACCUAUUGUGUGGUCUGUGAAGGGUUGUGUUUGGGGAGUUUUUGGGACCAACUUAUUGGACAGUGGGCGCUGUCCAAUCGGUGUUCUUCAGAAAAACAGCAGGGAUUAUGAUGUUCCUGCUCGGAGGGUUUUACCACCGGCCCCGAAGAAAACCGGCCAUGACCCGAACUGGACCGAAAGGAUGACAACAGGUAGAAACAUCCUGGUGCUCCUGGUGUUUCUGCUCAUCUUCACUGGAAAUGCCUUCUACAUCGGUAUUCUGGGCUUCGACAGACACGCCUACCACAUCAGGACCUCUCUGGAGAACAGUCUGCUAUCCGAGUAUGAGGAGGUCGCCACAGCAGACGGUGCCUGGGAGUGGCUGUCGUCUGAACUGAUCCCGUCUCUCCACCCAGAGCGGGGGUACAGCGGACAGAAGCUCAGCUGGCUGGACAAACAGUUUCCGGCUGGAACGAACGCGUUCCGGAUCGGUCCUGUUCGUCUGGAGAGAACCACCGAGUAUCCAGAGAGCCCAAUAGACAUAGACCUCGAAACAAGCAAACAAAAACUCUAUCCUGAGUUGAUGAUGAAUCUACUUAAUGGAGCUCUCGGCCGACAGAGUGGAAAGAAUUGUUCGAGCAAGGACACCACAAUUAUUGUCGACGAAGUCAGAAACAACAGUUCGGCGUGCUUGACCACGGUGGACCUGCCACGAGAUGCUGGUCAGGCUGCUGCAGUGAUAGAUUUCCUAAAACAGACCGACUGGAUCCUGAUGGUUUCAGACACUCUCAUCCUCCGGGCCAACUUCUACCACCCUGACGUGAAGUUGUUCAGUAGCGUGGUGUUCAGGCUGCAGUACCUCCCAGGGGGCGCUGCUGAACUCCAGCCCAGUAUCCAGACUUUCCGACUGUUCCAGUACCAGACAGCAGACGACUAUGUCCAGAUGCUUUUCCACAUCUUGUUCGUCCUUUUCUACAUCUACAACGUUCUUAAUGAGGUUUGGAACAUACGGAAGAGCGGUCGUGCGUACUUCACCAGUUUCUGGAACGUCUUGAUCCUGUGCAACAUUGGCUUGUCGACAGCCGUCAUUGUGACCUUCGCACUUCGGUACAUCCAGGCAGCUGCUGCACUGCGAGAUAUACAACAAACAAAAGGGCUGUUCGGUAUCAAUGAGUUCGUAGACAUCAGUACCGCCGGCCAAUGGGACGCUACCUUCAAGGAGAUCCUGUCCUUCUCCAUCUUCAUCAGUACCUUAAGCAUCCUGCGGGUUCUCAACUUCUCCAGGGGCGUGGCUACCGUCUUCGCUCUGCCUCGUCUGCUAUAUGGGGAAUUCUUUGGAUAUUUCCUGCACAUGUUGGUUAUCAUAGUGGCCUACGGCAUCAGCGGUAUUUUGAUCUUCGGCAAAAACAUUGAAAUCUUCUCCGGAUUUAAGAAAACGUCGUACUUGCUGUUUGAGAUGGGCUUGGGGAGGCCGUUUGUCGAUGUCUUUGCGGACGAUAUGAAGGCAGUGGAUCGUGUCAUGGGACCUCUGUAUUAUUCAACAUUCGUCGUGGUCUUCGUCUUUUACCUGAUGAAUCUGGGAGUGGGGAUGCUCUGUAACUGGCUGAGCUACUGUCAGACGUCAGACGACAUCGGCGUGGACACGGCGAUGGGAGAUUACUUCUGGAACUCCUUCAGAAGUCUUCUUGGCAUGCGUCAUGAACCCCAGGACUUUGACGUUGAAGCACCACUUUCAGACCACUUUAUGGAAGAGACCCUCCAGCGGACUGAAACGGUACUGCAGGAGGUGGACAGGAUGACUGACGUGAUGUACAAGUUUGAGUGCAAGAAUCGUCAGCUGAUUCCACUGACUGACGUUCAACCAACCUGUAGUGAUCGUCUUGGGAUGGAAUCUGGUGACAUACCUGAUGACAGCAUCACUGCAUCCUCGUUUUUGGGUCCUGACUAUGAGCCUUACCGCGGGCGGUUAAACGGAGUUGCUGGUGCAGGUGCCUGGAUAGCUAAGUAUACCAACAUCGGACAAUGGCUGCAGGUGGAUUUAGGGGAAAUGAAGCAAGUCACCGGCACCCUUAUUCAGGGUCAGCCUGCUGCCAAUCAGUGGGUGACGUCAUACAAACUUGAGUACAGCACAGAUCGGAUUGGUUGGACGACAUAUGCCGGCAGGAAUGGUUCAGAAGUGGUCUUUCCUGGCAACGCCGACAGGAACACCAUUGUCACUAAUCUACUGGACAACCCAGUUGAUGCCCGUUAUGUGCGUUUUGUGGUUCAGUCCUGGACAUGGCACGUCACCAUGAGGGUGGAGAUUUUGGGCUGUAACACCAUCUGUCAGGUUCCACUUGGAAUGGAAUCCGGCGCCAUACCCGACAGUGACAUCACUGCAUCCUCGUCCCAUCCUGAUUUUGCGCCAUAUCAGGGACGCCUAAACGGAGUUGCUGGCUAUGGUGCGUGGGCCGCCAGGGGGAACGAAAUCGGACAAUGGUUGCAGGUGGAUUUGGGAGAGAUAAAGCGCGUCACGGGUACAGUUAUUCAAGGGCACCACACAACCGAACAUGGCGAACAGUUUGUGACGUCAUACAAACUCCAGUACAGAGCAGCGUGGAACAGUUGGACGACAUUUACCAGCAGUGAUGGCUCAGACAAGGUUUUUACAGGCAACACAAACGCACUCUCACCUGUGACGAACCUUCUAGAAACCCCAGUCAAUGCCCGCUAUGUGCUAUUCGUGGUUCAGUCUUGGCAUAAUCACAUCAGCAUGAGGGUUGAAGUUCUUGGCUGCAACCCUGGUCUCGCAGGGCUGACUCUUGAUGAUGGCGGGAUAGGUCAUCUUUCCGUGUCCUGGACAGUCGUGGGGAGUCUUCCUAUCUCGCGCUACAGGCUCCGCUACCAGCCGGCAGACGGGUCGGGCUCCUACCGGGACCUCUCUCCCGCACCGGGAGCAGGGGUCACCUCGGCUACCGUAUCGGGACUGCUGCCCGACAGGAAUUACACCAUCACGCUCACUUCUUUUGGCGAGGACGACCAGCCGAAUGGAGGUAUCAACGGAACAUACGCCACAGGUGGGUGGAUUUAG